CGUUUUUGUCAUUUGUGUGUGACAUUUAUAAAAGCGAUCGAGUGAAGCGACAGCUUCGGAUUAUCCGUCUUUUCGGAAUGUGGAAACUUUGAGAAAAUUUGUAGUGAGAGAGAGAGAGAGAAACACUUGCUUGAUUUCGUUUUUCGGCUUUCGAAGAGAUUCCACAAGAAGAGACAUGUGGAAGUGAGGUUUUUGCUUUUUGUUUGUUUCGUCUCUUCCUCUUGAAGUCUUUUGAUCUUCACCUCUAUUUUGAGUGGUGAGAGGAAGAAGAAGAAGAAGAAGACAGUUAAAUCGAAGAAAAAAAAUGGAAAUGGGUCGUCGAGAUGUGAAACGUGGAGUAACCAAUCGAUUUACAAAGAAACAAUCUGGAUCUGGGUUUGCUACAAAGUCGAAGAAACGUCUGCUGAAGAAACUCGGUUUAGCUGAUGAGAAAUUGAACCGUAAGAUGAGCUACGAGUUCUCUGCUUCAGAUUUAGAAAACGAGGUCUCUAGGAAGAAACCUAAGCUUCCGAAAAAGAAUAUGAAGGACAGUAAUGGUGUGGAUCAUGCCUCUGUACCACGGAAGCUUCGUUCAGCCAUGAAGAAGCGGAAUCCUGAAUCUGUUUCUAAGCUAACGUCUGCUUCAAAGAGAAUCGGAUCUUGUAAGAAGGAUUUGAUCAAAAUGGAGAAUCAAGAAAUGGAAGCAAAAGCUAUUGUUCCUGAGUCUAUGAUGAUAUCGAAUGAUGAGAAAGAAGUUGCAGAGACGUUAUACGGUUUAGCUGGAAUGUUUACUGAGAGUAGCUCUAUUGACAAGAAGACUUGUGGACCGAGUGAACCUUUGUCUGGUGAGAAAGAAACCAGCAAACUUGACUCAAUCUUGGUUGUGGAAGCUGACUUUAAAAAAACAGAACCUCUUGAUCCGGAGGUUUCAGCUCUCUCUUCAGCCAAAACUGACGAAAAGCCGCAAUUGGAGCAAUUUGAUAAACAACGGAGCUCAACAGGAAUGGUUGGUUUCAUUGAUAGAUUGAAGCAAAGCAGCUCAGUGAAUGUGGCUGAUUCACCUACAAGAGCCAUUGAAUCAAAGGUUGCAACAAGUGAGACGGAGUAUAAGAGCAACGGUCUUUCGCUGUGGCCUGGCCUAUCUUCAACGAUUCAGUCCAGUUCCCACGUUUUUUCGAAGCCAUCAUCAUCCACAAAGCUUCCACCUUGGAUGGGUCAAGCUGUUUCUCCUUCCAAGAAUGCUUCACUCUUGAGUGAACCGUUACGAGUACAGCCGAGAAAGUUGAAGAAAUGUGCCUCUCACAUUUACAUUUCCCGUCUCAUCAAAACAUUACAGAACAGUAAGAGUAGUCCCGCCACACUUAUCAACCAAAUCGAGCAAAGAUCUUCAGAAACGUCACAACGUGGACUCUCUGAUCCCGUGACAACAGUUAAUGACUUUGAAAGCAUGGUUUCUCCAUCCAAGAGGUAUCAAACCCCACAUCUGCUCGAUUUACACAAGUCCUAUAUUGCAAAACCCGUGCAAGAAGACAUGACUCAGCUUGCUCUCGAGCUUUAUGGUCCUCACACUUCUUCACAGAAACAGAGCUACAAUUUCCUCUCUCUCUCUUCUGCUUCUGCUGGAGCAGCACAAUCUCAUCUCCCACUUCCAAACUCAUUUCCACAGUAUCCUAUAUCUGCAGCUUACAACAGCCAUCUCCAACCUUCAACUUCUAGUCAUCAGAUGCAGCAGAUGUCUCCUUAUCUAGCGAGUAGAUUCCAAACCGCUUACAACGCGAACCAGCAGCAGCAACAACAGCUUCAAAAAAGGAUAUGGGCUGCUCAGUACAGACCAUCAACAAGUGGAAACAUCGCGCCGCCAUCAUCGAACCAAUACAGUAAACCGAACCUCUCCUUAAACCUGACUAGUAGUAUUCAACAACCUCUACACGUUGCUUCUUCCCCAAUGUACAGCACUUCUUUCCCAAUGUACAGCAACAAUGUCUCUCAACAGCAACACCGUCUCAUGGCUGCUGCAGCAGCAAUGUCAAUGAGCCAUCACCAUGACAACAGUCUUUCACGGAAGGUCUUGAACAGACAAGAAAACCAUUUCCCACUUGUCUAUGAAGAUACAAGAACUUCAUUGCAACUACUCUGCAACGAGCAGUCGUGAAGAUGCUUUGCUUUAUGGUUAUAUUAGUUCUAAGGAUCAUUCGGUUGGGUUGCGAAAAAAAAAACAGAGAUUUGUUUCUGUCUUCGCCGGAAUGUGAGAUGGUGUUUUCUCAGGCGAUGAACAAGGAUUGUCAGUGAGAGAGAUGACUUAAUCCCGCUUGUUUAAGAAAACCCUUUAAUGUCUUUUUAUGUAAAUGAUCCACGAUUUCUUAAAAGGAGCAAAUUUUCCCAAGUUUUAGGUUUUUUUUUAGUUUCUUGCGUAGCAAGCCAUUUCUCCAGUAAAGCACUAUUUUACAAUCUUUACGGUUCCAUGUAAAAGUGACUUUGGUUUUAAAAACACUAUAUUUUUCUAUGGAAAAA